AUUAUUGAUAAAGAUACUGAUUGCCAAUUUUUUAUAAUUGCCAAUUUGGAAUAAUUUAUUAGUAUAAAUGAAUCAUAGCAGUAAUAAAUCUCAUAAUCAUGUAUGUCCCAGUUGUUGUGGCAAUGAUGGAAUUAUUAAAAAGCAGAAAAUAAAUAAUUUUUCACCAGCGAAUCAAAAUAGCAAUAAUUUAACUAUAAAUGGCAAUAAUUGGAUGAAUGGUUAUAGUGAAGGUUGCCCAAAAAUUAUGAACAUGUCUAAUCAUCUCUCUAUAAUGCCUAAUGGGCAAAAUAUUGUCCAUAUCAAUAUGUGCUUUUAUUGUUUUGAUGUUCUAAAAGCUCAUCUAAAUGGCAAUGACAUUCCUAAGUCUCCCAAUUUACCACGUGAUAACUACCCUAUCUUUGUGACUUGGAAAAUAGGACGCGAUAAAAAGCUUAGAGGUUGUAUGGGAACAUUCACUGCCAUCGAUUUACAUUAUGGUCUCAGGGAAUAUUCCUACACUAGUGCAUUUAGAGAUACGAGAUUCAAUCCCAUAAGCAAAGACGAAUUGAAUAGGCUGCAUUGUUCCGUGUCUCUCCUCACGCAUUUCGAACCCGUCAAUCAUUUCCUCGAUUGGGAGAUCGGUAUCCACGGUAUAAGGAUAGAAUUUUACAAUGAAAAGGGAAGCAAAAAGACAGCCACUUAUUUAUCCGAAGUUCCUUACGAACAAGGUUGGGACAAACUUCAAACUAUCGAUUCCUUACUUAGAAAAGGUGGAUACAAGUCUCCUAUAACUAAUGACUUUCGAGAAAGCAUCAAAUUAACUAGAUACAAGAGUCAAAAAGCUUCGGCCAGUUACCAAGAAUAUACAAAUCUGACUGCUAUGAACUCCCUUGGUACGAACCACGUAAAUAAUUUGAAUCACCGUUUCGUGCCUAACGUUCCCAACUCUCUUAAUAAUCAUAUGGCCCCCAAUCACAUAUCUUCGCAUCAUCACAAUCACAUUAAUUAUAAUAAAAAUUGUCCUCAUAAUAAUUUUAUUCAUAACACAAAUUCGGCCAAUUCCAAUAGGUAUAAAAGGUUGUGAUAAACACUCAAUAAUUAUAUUUUUCAAAAAAACUUAAUUUUCAUAAUCAUCAAGUGAAAAAUACCUGUAUUCUAAAAAAUAACUGUCCAAGAAUGUUAUAUUUGUGUCGGCUUCGUAUUAAGAUUUGCUGGUUAUUUUCUCAUAUUUUUCCUCUUGUUGUUUUUUUAACUACAAAAAAUUUAUUAAACAAAUUUUAAAAAAAAAUUCCAUUUUUUUACCGAAAAUUAUUUUUUGUAUAUAAAAUAUAUUAUAUAUAAUUGAAUGAAAUAUACAAAGUUUUUUCAACGAAAUCACGUUCUUUAAGGCAUUUUAAUUUAUAAGUCUCCAUUUUAAGUUCAUUAGUUUCCUCUUCUUUUGUGACAAUUUUAAAUGUUAAGGAGACACUAUUUAAAUUAAAUGGGGUAAUUCAGUUAAAAUUAUAUUUUUAUUUUUUUUAAAAUCAAAUUAUAGUUUCAAGUUAUGAAUGGAUCUAAUUUUAUUUUCAAAAUAUUUUUAAUCGCAUAUUGUAAAACAGAUUAUGAAUGAAUGAAAUGCCUGAAUUAAUCAUGUAAAAAUCGCUUUUUUUG